AUGACCUUUGAGGAAGACAUUGCUGCUUUCACAAUAAGGGCAGUUGAUGAUAUCCGCACACUCAACCGCGUUGUCAUCUGCAAACCACCGAAGAACGUCAUUUCUCAGCUUGAUUUGAUCUCUUUGUGGGAGAAAAGAUGUGGAAAGAGUCUAACGAGAAACUUUCUCUCAGAAGACCAAAUAAUUAAACUCACUGAGAGUCAGUCCAACUUGGAAUUGGAAGAGGAUGACUUGGAGCUGUCGCAUCUUUACCCAGACUACAACUACACUCCCAUUGCCGAUCUCAUUGACGUUUUUGCUGUUAAACCACUACAGAUUAAAAGGUCAGCCCUUGGAUGA